AUGACAGAAACAAGACUAAGCCUCGAAGACUGGCUGGAUGACCUGUGUGUCCGCUUUAUCAUAAACCUACCGCGAGAAGAACUGGAAUCUGUGGAACGAAUUUGCUUUCAGGUGGAAGAGGCGCAAUGGUUCUACGAGGACUUCAUUCGGCCUCUCGAUCCGGCCCUGCCUUCGCUGUCCCUGAAGGCCUUUGCGAUGCGCAUCUUUCAGCACUGCCCACUGAUGUCGCAGUGGUCGGAGUAUCAUCAUACAACGGCAUUUGCAGAAUUCCUGGCAUACAAAACCCGUGUGCCAGUGCGAGGCGCUAUCAUGCUCAAUGAAACCAUGGACAAAGUCGUCUUGGUCAAAGGUUGGAAAAAGAAUGCGAAUUGGAGUUUUCCUCGUGGCAAAAUCAACAAGGAAGAAAAAGAUUUGGACUGUGCUGUACGCGAAGUUCUCGAAGAGACCGGAUAUGAUUUGAAGGAAGCUGGCCUCGUCAAGGACGACAAGCAGAUGAAGUAUAUCGAGAUAACCAUGCGCGAGCAGCACAUGAAACUCUACGUCUUUCGUGGUGUGCCCAUGGAUACCCAGUUUGCUCCUCAGACCAGAAAGGAAAUUAGUAGGAUCGAAUGGGUCAACCUGUCCGAUCUUCCUACGGUCAAGAAGAACAAACAAGCCCAGAAUGACGUUGUCAACGCCAACAAAUUUUACAUGGUUGCUCCGUUCCUUCAUCCCCUCAAAAAAUGGAUCGCCCAACAGCGAAAGCUGGACGCCAAGAACUAUCCAGCAGUCUCUUCACUGGCCUAUACAGAAGGCGAAACAUCUAUGGACGAAGCGUUUAUCUCGGCCAACAAUGGCUUUGCUUCAAGUCAUAUAUAUACCCAGCCUGGCACCGCCAGCGAUCUACCGGAAGUUAGUCCUUCACAGGAUGUCUCGUCGCAUCUGAAGCGCCUGCUCAACAUUGGCCCCUCAGCCUCGGUUAUACAGCCUUCCCCUCCCGUUUCAACCACCGACCCAUCAAAGUCGAAUGCUUUGCUGUCACUCUUGCUCAACGGCUCCAGUGAAACUGCAACUCAGGGCAUUCCCGGACCUAUGGCGCGUGUACCGGAAGGAUUACAUCAACAGCCUGUCGUCUUUCGCCAGCCUCCCUCUUCCUACAUGCCACACCAACAGAUCUCACACGACGGCGUUUCACCGGCUCCUGCUGUUCAAAACCAACCUUUUGGCUUUCCUGCUCCCUAUGCGAGUGCGCCACCUCCCUCGAGAAACUGGAACGCGUUUGUUUCUGAACAACGUCCAUCAUUAUCUGAUAACAUGUUUCCUCAACUACGCAAUGAACAACAACAUGCCGCACCAUUCCACGCAACACAGGUUGCACCCUAUCAGCAGACUGGAGAUCCACAAUUUGCCCAGCAGACAAAUGCGGCUCCGUUCCAGGGGUCGACGAUACCUCCUGCAAGCAAAUUGCCACCUCCGAAAUUGACCAGCCACUCCUUGGCCCUUCUGAAUGUGUUCAAAACCCAGUCUCCCACACCAAAACCGGCAACCAUAUCACAGCACGGCGUGGGACUGUCAACACAGCUCAAGCCGUUGCCACCUCAGGAUAAUCUGCUGGCUCUGCUCAAAGGCUCCGCACACAAGCCAUCGCCAAUGCCUGCUGCGGAAUUAGCAGCUCAGCCAGUGAAAAAUGCCCCGGUACAGAUUCUACAACGACCUCCCUCGAGCAAAAAAGAGGUAUCAAAUGUCAAGGCAACCCAUCUUGACGACGAUGCUAUUACAUCUGCUACAGUGUCCGGUCCAUUGAAGACACCUGAAUUUGGCCAAAAGGGAUUUGUAAAGCAGGAAACCCAUCGACCCAAGACAAGCAAGAAGCCAGUGGCUGCAGCAUCUCCGAUCAAAAUUCUAUCACGGCCAUCAGCUGCCAAGAGGGACUCGUCGGUGUCGUCUGAGCAAAUUUCACGCCCUUCAUCUCGUUCGCAUAUUGACAGGGCGAAUGAAAAGACCAAAACUGCAGAAGUAUCCAAAGGCUUCCAGCCACAAAUCUUGCGGCGCUCGGAGAAAUUGGACCUUAAUAAUGUGCUGCCUACUCGCACGAUCCCUGUCCAUGAAUUGUCUCCAAGCCCGAACCCAUACGCACCGGUGAACAAGGUCCCGACGAUAACUCACGACAAACCCAUCGUGCCCAAGUAUGAUCGACGACCUAGUCAAACAGCGGCGCAAAAAGAAACAUUAUUGAAUCUGUUCGGCAAGUCCCCAAGUGAAAAAUCUUCUUACAUGGCUUCGGCCGCAGACCGCCCCGCGUCGCGAGGCCAUUUUGAUGCAAUUUCGUCUCCGUCGCUUUCAGGUGUCGAAUCAAAUAUACCGGCAAACGUGUCGAGGCUAGGUAGCCCAUCAGAAAACGGCACUACGAAUUCGGGGGCUCAUCGGCUAACAUCGCCAGACAACAAGGCGUUUUUACUGGGCUUUCUUCAGAAUGUAGCCCAGGGAAAGAAGUAG